AUGGCAGCUUCGAGCAGCAGGGGGGACUAUUCAAAUCCCCCGAUCGACGACGAGGACGACUUGAUCGACCCUGAUGAUGCUGAUCUGAAUGACUUCGACGAUCCUCUGCAGCAGUCCUCCCGCCAACCCCUAACGGGCAACAUUGGCUCCUCGUCAUCCUCUUCGCGUCCGCUUGAUGAAGGCUACCUGACAUCUCGCAUACCUGGCGAGGACCGUCGUGCCCCGACUAACACGAUAGACGAAUCCGUUUGGGACACCCUGCGACGAGAUCUCCUGGCCGUUUGGUCCAAGAUGCGCGAGGUGCUCUACCCCCGAUACCUGUUUGGCGGAACCAUGUUUGAAUCCCAAGAUGGAUUCAGAGGCGCGUACGCCAAUCUCCGUACGGCGGGACUAGCGGGCGCCCGAGAGGAGCUGCAGGGCCUCGCCGGUCGCGUCAUGGAUCCCGAGUCGCUCCUCACCCAGAACACCAUGACGCCCGGCUUGAGGGACUGGGACUUGUGGGGCCCGCUCAUCUUCUGCCUGUUGCUGAGUGUACUCCUCAGCCUUCACGCGAAAGAGGGACAGAGCGAAGUUCGUUUCAGCGGUGUGUUCGCCCUGAUUUGGAUUGGAGAAGCCGUCGUCACCUUGCAGAUCAAGUUGUUGGGCGGCAACAUCUCCUUUGCGCAGAGCGUGUGCAUUAUUGGAUAUACGCUAUUCCCCCUGGUCAUUGCUGCUACGCUGUCUGCGGUCGGGCUGCAUCCGAUCCCUCGAAUCCCCAUCUACAUCGUCCUGGUGGCCUGGUCGCUGGCUGCUGGUGUCAGCAUUCUCGGCGGCAGCGGUGUGGUUAAGAACCGAGUUGGGAUUGCGGUGUAUCCCCUGUUCGUCUUCUAUCUUAGCUUGGGGUGCUUGUGCUUCAUCAGCUAG